GAAUCCUAAAUCAUAAUGUCUGGUCGCGGUAAAGGAGGAAAAGGUCUAGGAAAAGGAGGCGCCAAGCGUCAUCGUAAGAUCCUUCGGGAYAACAUCCAGGGUAUCACCAAGCCCGCCAUCCGUCGUCUUGCCCGUCGUGGUGGAGUCAAGAGAAUCUCUGGUCUGAUCUACGAAGAGACCCGUGGUGUCCUCAAGGUUUUCCUUGAGAAUGUCAUCCGUGAUGCUGUCACCUACACMGAGCACGCCAAGAGAAAGACCGUCACAGCCAUGGACGUUGUCUACGCUCUCAAACGCCAAGGACGUACCCUGUACGGAUUUGAAAAGAUGCCACCAAAACCCUUAGUUGGAAAGAAAGGAGAGAAGAAAGCCGGCAAGAAGGCCGCUCUUGGUGACAAGAAGAAGAGAAGAUCUAAGAGAAAGGAAUCCUAUGCCAUCUACAUCUACAAAGUCAUGAAGCAAGUCCAUCCUGACACUGGUAUCUCCAGCAAGGCCAUGAGCAUCAUGAACUCCUUUGUCAAUGAUGUCUUCGAGCGCAUCGCUGGUGAAGCUUCCCGACUUGCUCACUACAACAAGAAAUCCACCAUCACAUCUCGGGAAAUCCAGACGGCUGUUCGUCUCCUUCUCCCUGGUGAGCUGGCCAAGCACGCAGUCAGUGAAGGCACCAAGGCUGUCACCAAGUACACCAGCAGCAAGUAAACAGUUCCAAGCUGUUUACAGCACAAAACAACGGCUCUUUUAAGAGCCAUCACAUGAGAAGAAAGUUCAUGAACCUAUGCUUUAAAUCCCUCAACUUUAUCAAUAAACUGAUGAUAACUAACUACAAUUUCAACCAAAAUCUUAAAAAAAUUACUAGUAAAACUCCUGAAGAAGUGAAAUUAUUUCAAAGGAAAGCUCUAACUGCUUUGGCGCCAUUUCUUCAUUAGGUACUUGGUUUGGCUAUCUUUUGAAUCCAAAACUUUUCUCACACAUUUUAUUAAAUCAAUAUAUUUCUAUGACAGUUGUAUGCUUACAGUUCCGUAGAUGAAUGAGUAAUAUUGGUUUAAUUUUGUUCUGGGAUACUUAAGGUAGUGGACUUCAAAGUAUUGUUUAAAACAUUUAAAAUCUUUGCCAAAACAGACAGAAAUGUUUUCGUACGUUAUGGAUGAAUAAGGGUAAAAUGUGUAUAUAUCAUAAUAGCUGAUUCAUGUAUACUCUUAGCCUUGUAUCAAGAUAGAAGUGUAACAAAUGAAAUGGAACACUAAUAAAUAGAAGAACAGCAUCAAUAACACGACAA